CUCUCUCAAUCUGCCCUGCUUUUGUGGGGAUCUAAGUGACCCUUGUUCCUUGUGUCAGAAGCGAAGCAGCUCACAAUUCAUAUCGAUUCCUACAUAACAACGGAGAAACGAAACAACAAAGCAAAGAAAAAUGGGCGAUUCUGAGGCAACUGAAACCCAAUCGAGCGCCAUGGCUGUGCGCGUCCUGCUGAGGGAGUUCACGGAGCUGCAGGAGGGCAAGCUCGAGGGCUUCCACGUGAAGCUGGUCCGCGAGGGCGAUCUCUUCGACUGGGAUGUGGGGGUCUUCGGGCCGCCCCACACCGUCUACCAGGGGGCGUACCUGAAGGCCUCGAUGCAGUUCCCCCCCGACUAUCCGAUGCAGCCGCCGGACUUCUUCUUCCGCACGAAGAUGUUCCACCCGAACGUCCACGCCAGCGGCAUGGUCUGCAUGUCGGUGCUCUACGACGGCUGCUGGAACGCCACCAUGAGUGCCCGCAGCGUGCUGCUGUCGGUGGUGUCGCUGCUGACCGGCCCCGACACCGACUGGCCCUGCGACAUGGAGGCCGCUGUGCUCUACAAUCAGUGGCGCGACUCGGACGGCGCGGACAAGGAGUACCCGGAGCGCGUGGCUCUGCAGAAGCACGACUGGGAGGAGAUGGCCCGUCUCGACGGGGUCACUGUCCCCGUAACCGUGGAGCAGUACUGCCGUCCCGGUCCCCCCGAAGAGCAGCCCGACGAGGAGGAGGAGGAGGACUUCACAUUGGCCGAGCUCGACGAUUCGAACGAGAGCAGCUCGGCUUCAGAGGAGGACGGUGACGGGGACGAGCCUGGGGAUGCCGAUGGCCUGUACCAGAAGAUCAUUUGGGAUGAUGUGGACUAAGUCAAGUUCGCAGCCCGCCACUCGCUAACUGUUACUCGUUACUCGUUACGCGUUACUCUCUACACGCCACUCGCCGCUCGCCGCUCGCCACUGGCCACUAGCUGCUCGCCACUAUCUGCAGUUGCCACCCGCUGCAAUGCUCAAGCUGGACUGCUCUUUACCAAGCAGCUUUCAAGCGGUUCUCAAGCACACUUUAAGCACACCAGCACACACACACCUCUAAAUUUAAGGUACUACACGAGGAUGCGUAAAAGGACACUCUUUUCGCCAGAAACAAAGCACCCCAAUGGUACCCCAAUACCCCCAACACUGCACAAAUAAACCCCAUGCGCAAGGGAUGACCAAAAGCAAA